UCCUCCUCUUACACGCGACAAGUUUGAUCUUUUCUUGAUCUUUCGCGUCGCGUCCUCUUGGUUUUGGCUCCAAAUCUCCGGCCCUGUGCGAGAAUCCAAGUGGAGGCUAUGAUGGGGACGCGUGUGGUGGCAACGGGAUACGGCCAAUUUGGAUCGUGAGUCGUUGGUGCUCUUGGGGACGGUGAAGCCUUUGGGACAUUCGAUUCCUCCUGGGAAAGCAAUUUGGUGCCGUCUCCUUCGAGGAAGGAGAAGACGACUCUUCUGAGUGCAGAAAGGUUCCGACUCUUUUGAGGUCCGAAGGAGGGACGAGAUUUCUCACCCGGAAAUCAGAUAAGUUUUCUGUGUCUUCUCCGAAUUCUUUGUGGCUGGUAAAGAUUGGAUCUUGGGAUGCAAGAUUGAGUUUUUAUUGCCCAGUUAGGAAUUCUGAGCGAAACCCGUGUUCGAUUUGAUAUAAUCCUUUUGGGUGGAGAAUCUUUCGGUAGUUCUGGCGGAUUAGACGGGAAAGGUGCGGCUUUUUGUUCCCGGUGUAGGGCUUUCCUUGCUCCUUUGGGCGAUCGACACAAAACUCGUCAACACAAUCAGAUCCCAUUUUGUUAUGUUUGCCCUUUUGUAUCGUAUUUCGUUCAUACAAAUCAAAUAGUAAUCAAAGAGAAGAAGUGAUUUUCCUUGGUCCGAAAAGGAUUUAGGACUUGAUUAUACUCGGGAAUUGGAAAUGGGUAAGCCGACUGCUAAGAAGAAGAGUUCAGGAGGUAAACAUACUGAUGCGAACUCAAGGAACAGCAGAUCCAUCGAACACAGCCCAAAAGUCUUUGAUGAGGAUACGACAAUCUUCAUGGACAUGGCUCGUGAUUUGAAAGAGGAGGGCAACAUGUUGUUCCAGAAGAGGGAGUAUGAGAGAGCAGUGCUGAAGUACGAGAAGGCCAUUAAGCUGCUUCCAAAGAACCACAUUGAUGUUGCGUACCUCCACAGCAAUACAGCAGCCUGUUAUAUGCAGAUGAUCCCUGAGGAAUACCACCUUGCAAUUAAUCAAUGUAAUCUAUCUCUCAAGGUCUCACCCAAGUACAGUAAGGCACUACUGAAAAGGGCCAAGUGUUUUGAAGCCUUGAAUAGGUUGGAUUUGGCCUGUAAAGACGUCGACCUAGUUCUGAGCUUGGAGCCAAACAACCUCACAGCAUUGGAAAUUUCAGAAAGAGUUAAAAAGACAAUGGAGAAAAAGGGCACCGUUUUAGAUGAUAAGUCUCUUUAUCCACUGCCAGAACCUCCGACAGUGAAAGAGAAGCUGAAGAAGAAGAAGAGGAGCCAUAAGCCCAUGGAGAAACAGGUUGAAGUUAAGGAAGAGCCUAUGAAAAGCGUGAAGUUAGUUUUCGGGGAGGACAUAAGAUGGGCUCAGGUACCAGCUAAUUGUACAAUGUUGCAGCUGAGGGAGAUUGUUGGCAAUAAAUUUCCAAACCUGAAGGCUGUCCUUAUCAAAUACAAGGAUAAAGAGGGUGAUUUGGUGACAAUCACUACAUCUGAAGAGCUGAGGUGGGCGGAAGAAUCUGCAGACCCACUGGGGUCUGUUAGGCUUUAUAUUGUAGAAGUUAACCCUGAUUUUGAACCUUUGCUUGAAGAGGCAAAAAACAGCUCUUUAGGGAGGAAGCUGGACAGAGAAACUAAUAGCAUAUCUGAAAAUGGGAGCAUCAGACAUGACAAUGACAAGGUCUCUUCAGUUUAUAUUGAUGACUGGAUUGUGCAAUUUGCUCGGCUAUUCAAGAGCCACGUUGGUUUCAAUUCUGAUGAAUAUCUGAACCUUCAUGAGUUAGGCAUGAAACUGUUUUCAGAGGCAAUGGAAGAAACUGUCACAACUGAACAAGCACAAGAAAUUUUUGAAAUCACUGAGGAUAAAUUUCAGGAGAUGGCAGCUCUGGCAUUCUUUAAUUGGGGAAAUGUGCAUAUGUCUCGAGCAAGGAAGAGACUGUUCUUAUCAGAAAAUCCUACGAAGGAAUCUAUGCUUGCAGAGGUGAAAGCUGCAUAUGAGUGGGCUCAGACUGAGUAUGUUAAAGCGGGAAAGAGUUACGAAGAAGCUUUGAAAUUCAAGGCUAAUUUCUAUGAGGGUCUUCUUGCACUUGCACUGCAACAGUUUGAGCAAGCAAAGCUUUCAUGGUAUUAUGCAAUUGGAAGCGAGGCAGAUUUGGAGACAUGGCCUUCAUCGGAAGUCCUGGAGCUAUUCAACCAAGCUGAGGAUAACAUUGAAAGAGGAACAGAGAUGUGGGAAGAAAUAGAAGAGCAGCGGUUAAAGGAACUCUCCAAACCCAAUGAGGAAAAGACCUUGUUGCAAAAGCUGGGUUUGGAAGACUACUUCAUAGAGCUCUCGACUGAUGAAGCUGCAGAACUUGCUUCUAACAUGAGAUCUCAGAUAAAUAUAUUAUGGGGAACCAUGCUUUAUGAGAGAUCUGUUGUGGAAUUCAGAUUAGGUAUUCCACUGUGGGAAGAGUGCCUAAUGGCGGCGGUGGAUAAAUUCAAACUGGCAGGGGCUUCUCCAACUGACCUUGCUGUGAUGAUAAAAAACCACUGUGCCAAUGAAACUGCCCAAGAAGGAUUAGGCUUCAAGAUUGAUGAGAUAGUUCAGGCAUGGAAUGAGAUGUAUGAUGCAAAAAAGUGGAUAAGUGGUGUUCCAUCAUUCAGACUUGAGCCUUUAUUUCGGCGGAGAGUCCCAAAGCUGCAUUAUAUACUGGAACAUAUAUGAUUUAUAAAUUUAUUUCAGCAACACAGUAUUAGUGGGUAUUGUUGGGAACAUCAAAACAUAGAUUCUGCUGUCUUUAUAUUUCAGAUAGGGGUCCUUGUUCAUGGGAUUAUAUAUUCAAUUGUUCGCUUGCUCUUGUGGAGAAGAGUUUGUCGAUUCGGAGUCACACAGCAGAAUUCUUUAUUUUCCUUUUCAUGCACCAGGUUGGAAGCCUAGUGCUAUAUGUGAUUACUUGGUACUUGGUGGUGUAGCAUAAACUUAUUUCAAGUUGGAGUCCGACAUGGCCGUCGUCCAGCCCUCUUCAUAUUGGCUGAAGAAGUUUGAUUUUUUAUGUAUUUUUGAAUUUUCUCCUAGGAUAAUACAUGGUAUUGGUCAUUUGUUCUGAAGGUUUGUUCUUCAUCAGAAUGGUUAACUUGCUACGUAUUUGAACAUACAGGUUACUCUUAUUAGAAGUUCAGAAUAUAUUAAAUUACUUUGGCAA